CUGAAGACAGCAGAGAGCUACAUGUUACCUAGGUAGAAAGGCCGACGACGCUAAUUCGGUGGAAAUCUUUUGCAUUUCUUAACAUGUCGAUUGUCGAAUGCGCAAAGCUUAAAAAAAAAAAAUUCGAUAUCGGGGAGUUCUCCGAGAAUCGAAAUAUAAUCUCUUCAAUUCUCCAAUCAAUACUUUUGCUAUCAUUGUUGCGCUUUUAGUUAUUCCUCUACGGAGUAACUACUACUACCAGUGUUAUCUUCGAUCUUCGAUCAUGGAUCCCGAGAAAGGUGACGCUGUCGCGAUUCGCCCGAAAACCAGCCACAGCGUUGGCAAUGGUAGCAAAGUAUACCGAACGGACUCCUCUUCAUCUUUUACCACAUCCUCGAGCGAUGAUUCCUCGGAAUCCUACAACGAUGGCGAUCGCAUGUCGCGAACGCAAACGGCACAGACAGCGCAAACCCAGCGCGGAUGCGGUUUAGAACGGCAUCCUACAGCACUCAGUCGAAUCGAAACACAGCGAAGUCAGCACAGCGCAACGGUGGGUGCGCUUAGGACAAGACCCCCGAGAAAACCACUUCCCGACUUUGGAGCUGGUAAACCAUACCCUCCCCCGCUUCCCGAUAAGGAAGAGUAUGUAGUGGAGUUUGCUGGGCCCGACGACCCUCUACAUCCCCAGAAUUGGCCCAUCAGGAAGAAGAUUCUCAUCUCCAUUGUCCUUGCAUUCACGACCUUCAACUCCACAUUCACAAGUAGCAUCUAUUCCGCCGCCAACUCCGUCGUCUCGUCGAAAUUCAACGUCUCAACAGAAGUCGGCACCUUAGGGUUGUCCUUGUAUGUCCUCGGGUUUGCCUGUGGCCCUACCCUUUUUUCGCCUCUAUCAGAACUGCUGGGACGACGACUCCCCAUUCUUAUCGGCGUUUUUGGCUUUACAGUCUUCCAAUUCGCAGUAGCCACAUCGGAAAACCUACAGACUGUCGUGAUAUGUCGCUUCUUUGGAGGUUUCUUCGGAGCUUGCCCCCUGGCUGUUGUGGCGGCAGUGUUUUCCGACCUGUACGACAACCGCCAGCGCGGUCUUGCAAUCACAAUCUUCACCAUGAUGGUCUUCACUGGCCCUCUCUUUGCCCCCUUCAUUGGAGGCUUCAUCGUGGAGAGCUACCUAGGUUGGCGCUGGACGGAAUACCUCCCUGGGAUUAUGGGAUCCGCAGCGUUUAUCCUAGACGUACUGUUUGUAGAGGAAACAUACCCGCCCGUGGUCCUCGUCAAGAAGGCAGAAGAACUACGCCGCAGAACCAAAAACUGGGGCAUCCACGCAAAGCAAGAAGAAGUCGAAAUUGACCUGAACGAACUGAUCGGAAAGAACUUCAGCCGCCCCGUGCGCAUCCUCUUCCGGGAACCCAUCCUGCUCAUGCUGAGCAUCUACAUGGCCUUCCUCUACGGCCUCCUCUACCUAUUCAUGACUGCAUACCCGAUCGUCUUCCAGCAAAUCCACGGAUUCAACAAGGGCGUGGGCGGACUACCCUAUUUUGGUCUUAUCAUUGGCGAAUUCCUCGGUGGACUGUUCAUCAUCUCCUUCCAGCCCUGGUACAAUCGAAAGCUCGCCGCGAACAACGACAUUCCCAUCCCCGAGUGGCGUCUCCCGCCCGCAAUUAUCGGCGCUGUAGCCUUCUCCGGCGGUCUCUUUUGGUUUGGCUGGUCCGGAUACAAAGCUGAGAUUCCCUGGAUCGUCCCUACCGUGUCCGGGCUCCUCACGGGCUUCGGUCUGCUAUGCAUCUUCCUCCAGUGCCUCAACUACAUCAUCGACACCUACCUUGUCUUUGCCGCAUCUGCCCUGGCCGCAAACAGCAUCUUACGUUCGCUCGCCGGCGCUGGAUUUCCCCUCUUCGCACCAUACAUGUUUAAAGCCCUCGGCGUAAAUUGGACCGGAACUCUUCUCGGCUGCGUUGCCGCCCUUCUCAUGCCUAUGCCACUCCUCUUCUAUAUCUUCGGUCCUCGGAUCCGCGCAAAGAGCAAAUUCGCCAAUGACUACAUUACCGUUGCUCAGGCUCACAACGACGAAUGACAUCCUUUGAUCAUGUUAUUCAACGACACGCAUACAUAUAUCUAGCAACCCACCAACCCAUCAGUCAUUUGUUUUUUUUUUUUUAUUUACCUUUCUAUCUAUUGAUGAUGAUAAUAAUAAUAUACGGACGGCACUUGACGACCGGAGGGAAGAAAGAAUAGCAAGCUUGGAAGGUAAUAGGAAG